ACUGUGUUAAUCAUGCUUUCGAGCAUUUGGGGUUUCUUUAAACGUCAUAAGCGCAAGUUUGUAGCUGGGAGUAUCGUUGUUGGCAGUGUCAUUUUUUUGACACGUUAUACCCAGCGCAAGCUUCGAGAAUGGCAGGAUAAUGAGAUAAGGAUGUUAAUGGAAAAGACAAAGAAGCGACAACACUAUGAAAGCAUAGAGAAGACAUGCAAUCAAACGAUAUUAUCUCUUGCGACAACUUUAAGAAGCUCUGUGAUCAAAGAAAAUAAUACAGAGACUAUUAUAAACCAACUUAAAGAUGGCUCUGCUAAUAAGAUAGCAUCUUGGAAUCAAUUAAAAAUAUUAGCAAUCACACGACCGGCUGUAAUAAUUUAUUCUUAUACAAUGUUAGCUACGUUUCUUAGAAUUCAGCUCUCUCUGAUUAGUGGACACAUGUAUAAAGAUGCACAGAAUGUGAAUGACAAUGGGAUUAUUGGAAAUGACGUACAAGCAAAGUAUAUGACACUUUCUAGCUAUUUUAUAUACGAAAGCAUUAAGGCUUUAAGCAAUCUCAUACAGAGCAAAGUGGUCAUGGUUACGCAGUCAUUGUCUCUGACAGAGCAAUUAACAUUAAGAGAUUUGGAGCAAAUUUAUUGGACGCUUACAUCUUGUAUAUCUGCCGAAAGCUCAGUAGAUCGUAAAAAUUUGAUGCAAUAUAUGUUGCAACAAGAAAACACUGAAAACAAUGACACAUCCAUCUAUAUAAAAUUGAUUAAUCAGAUGUUGGAUAUAUCAGAGAGCGAUGAGGUGCAAGAUUUAAUGCAAAGAAAUGUCAGAAGUGGAUUUGUUUUAUUAAUGGAUCACAUAUCUGUAUAUUUCCAUAAUUCUCCUAAAAAGGAGAAUGAAUAUGAUGUACCAGGUACAUCAUGUUCGGAGGAGUCAAACGUCAAAAAUUCAGCUUCCACAUACUUACAAGAAGCUACAAAUAAUUCGUCCAAUGAAUUUGUAAAUAUUAAUAAAACUACUAUGGCUUUGGCCAAAAUUAUUCCUAUUGUAAAUGGACAAGUUCCAGAUAAUCCAACAUCAAACGACAUAGCAGCAGAUUGGCUUCAACAUUUAAUAUUAAAUAAUGAACUUAAAAUUCUUGGAGCAAAUAUUUAUGAAGCAUUUAGUUAUUCACAAAAUUAGAGUCAACAUUAUUUAAGAAUUGGAUGUAAAAAUUUUACAAAAGAAGAUAUGCGACAAUAUACAAAUUCUACUUUUGGGUCUUAUAUAUUA